GGUGAGCCUGGAGAAGCUGGUAACCCUGGGCCUCCUGGAGAAGGUGGCACAACUGGUCCAAAAGGUGAAAGAGGUGAGAAAGGUGAAGCUGGGCCAUCUGGAGCAGCAGGACCUCCUGGACUGAAAGGACCUCCAGGUGAUGAUGGUCCAAAGGGAAAUCCAGGCCCUGUUGGGUUCCCCGGUGAUCCUGGACCUCCUGGAGAACCUGGUUCAGCUGGAACUGAUGGCACAGGAGGAGAAAAAGGUGAUGAUGGCGAUCCAGGCCAAUCUGGGCCACCAGGUCCUUCUGGUGAGGCAGGUCCCCCUGGCCCUCCUGGAAAGAGAGGGCCUCCUGGAGCAGCUGGUGCAGAAGGAAGACAAGGUGAAAAAGGAGCAAAGGGUGAGCCUGGAUCAGAGGGUGCUCCGGGAAAAACUGGCCCAGUUGGUCCUCAAGGUCCUGCAGGAAAAUCUGGCCCAGAAGGACUUAGGGGUAUUCCUGGCCCUGUGGGAGAACAAGGUUUACCUGGAGUUCCUGGUCAAGAUGGCCCACCAGGUCCCAUGGGUCCACCCGGCUUGCCAGGAUUGAAAGGGGAUCCAGGUUCGAAAGGUGAAAAGGGACAUCCUGGAUUGAUUGGAUUGAUUGGACCUCCCGGAGAACAAGGAGAAAAGGGUGACAGGGGUCUACCUGGUACACAGGGAUCUACGGGAUCAAAAGGAGAUUCAGGAAUUCCUGGACCAGCUGGCCCACUUGGUCCUCCAGGCCCUCCUGGUUUACCUGGUCCUCAAGGCCCCAAAGGUUCUAAAGGUUCAACGGGUCCUGGUGGCCAGAAAGGUGAUGGUGGUUUACCUGGACCUCCUGGGCCUCCUGGACCUCCAGGUGAGGUUAUUCAACCGUUGCCAAUCCAGGCCUCCAAAAAGUCCAAGAGAUCCGUAGAUGCCAAGCUAUCUAUUGCAGAAGAUUACACUGAUGGAAUGGAAGAGAUCUUUGGCUCGUUGAGUUCUCUGAAAGAGGAUAUUGAACACAUGAAAUACCCAAUAGGCACUCAGAACAACCCAGCUCGAACCUGCAAGGAUCUGCAGCUCUGUCACCCAGAUUUUCCAGAUG